UGAUGUCUGGUCUGUCUCUUUUGACUGUUAAGUACAGCCUCCCCCCGACUAUUCAUCUCCUUCCUCUCUCUCUCUCUCUCUCUCUCUCUCUCUCUCUCUCUGACUCUGGCGACCGUCUCUUAGAUUCUUGGGGUUAGAUCUUGUGUUUACUGCUUGGAUUUUGGAUCUGUUGAAGAACGAGAUGCUUGACUCUUCUCCUUGAAUUUGCUCUGUGAGGAAACUGGGAUAGAGAGCACUGAAGCAAGCAAUUGUGGAUCUUCGAAUCUUAUAUACGAGGGAAGCAAUAUGCCUUGGGGGUUGAGUCUACCUGUUGAUGUGUUCCGCAAAGUGGUCCGCUUGAACUUGUAUUGCAGGGUCAUUCUAUAGAUUUCCCCUCACGUUUAGCAUAAUAUUCACCUCUCUUACUCAUCUGUCCAUGGGAUCCUAGCUCCACUUUUCUUUCUUGUUAUCUUUUUCAUUCACGGGAUUAGCUGAAAAGAGGAAGGCAGAUUCAAACCCGCUUUGUUCAUUUCAAUUCUUGUUUAUCUGGCAUCGUUUUUUUCAAUAUAACCUGAUAUUCUGUUGGUCUUGGGUUCUAGCUCCACUUUUCUUUCUUUUGCUGUUUGCCACGAGUUCGUUCACAUAUCAUACUUGCUUAAUUGCUUACAUUGAGGGAUUUAUUUGAGGGUCAAAAGAAGUUAUGGUGUGCCAAGCAGCAAGCCAGACAAGAUUUCGAGCAUUAAAACAUGAGAAUGGAUUUGCAGGGAAACCCACAAUAAUAGUUAGAGUAAUAGCUUGCUUUCAACCUUUGCAAGAUUGCCAGGCUGAAUACUUCCGUCAUUUGCUUAAGCCUGUGACGUAGAUAGUUUUUUCCACGCUCGUGUAACCACAAUCAAUCUGGGAUAUUUAGAUUUCCUUUUUACUUUCAUUAUUGUCCCUGUAAGAGUAAGCAAGUAUUUUGAAGAUUACAGAACAAAGUACAUCCAUCCACCCAUAUAUUUCCUGGUCAGUGAUCAUUUGGUUGGAUGGCAAAGGCCGAUGAUCUCUCAUCUUUUCGUCAGCCUUCUUCUUGGCAGUUGCCCAACUUGAGCUGCACGACUGCAUCCUUGGAGCAAAGGCAAAAUGAAAGUUCGCCUGUGGACACAAACCAUGGGGGAGGUAUGUUUUCUGCAAAUAUGGUUUUGCCAGGGCCUGCAGUUUUGGGUUUACCUGAUUUGAAGAUUGGCCAAACAAAUGAAGCUCAUGGAUUGUUUCAAUGUUGGCCCCCUCACAUUCACUCCUUGCUUCAAAAUGCAACAUGCCAGAAAGAGAAGCAUUUUGCUUUUCAUCAAGGACUUGGUGGAAAUGUUACUCCAAAUGCAUUGUGUGGGUAUACUCCCAAAAGGCUUCUCAUUUUCGAUCAUUCUGGGAACCAAACAAGGUUAAUUUUUAACUCAACCCACUAUCCUGCCCAAAAGCCAACUGUGGCAGCCGUUUGUGCUAGUAAAUUGAAUGGGGAAGAGCAGGCAGCUAAAAUGGAUAAAAUGUAUCCAACCAAGCCCAUUAUGCCUGAAGAGUUGGGUGAGAAUCGCAUAGUCGGAGAAGGAAGUGAAAUGCAUGAGAACACUGAGGAAAUAAAUGCUUUAUUGUACUCCGAUGAUACUGAUGACGACAAUGAUGAUGAUGAUGAUGAUGACAAUGGCGAGGAUGAUGAAGUGGUGAGUACUGGUCAUUCUCCCUUUGUGACUAAAGGGAGUGACGACAAGCAAGAAGAAAUUGAGUUCAUGACAGAGGAAGUUGCUAGUUCUGAUGGCCCAACCAAAAGGGUGAGAUUGCUUGCUGGCGGGUACAAGAAAUCAUCUAUAAUUGGCACAGGAAGUUCAGUAAAGGCCAGUGGAUCCAACCAUUACAAUGAUGAAGCUGAAUCAAGCUGUGGAAAAAGCAGGACACAAGGAGAAGGAGAGGGUUCCAUUGUGGGCAAGAAGCGGCCCAGAAAGGAUAGGAUCCACGAGACACUCAGAAUUCUUGAGAAUAUUGUUCCGGGAGGAAAGGGUAAGGACCCAUUGGUGGUCCUUGAUGAAGCCAUAAAUUACUUGAUUUCUUUGAAGCUCAAGGCCAAAGCUCAAGGGGUUUUCCCCUACUAAGUGGCAUUCCCUCCUGCAGUAACUUGUUGGGUUGAAGGGUGGAAUGAAGGGGAAAAGGUAGUAAUAGCCCUAAAGGAGUACUUGAGUUGAAUGAUUGGUGAAUUUGAAAUUGGUGCAGUGGCUUUGGAUUUUUCAAUUCUCUCUCUCUAUCUCUCUCUACUAGGAUAUGUUAAUAAUGAUAAUCCAAAAUAAAGAAAGGAGGUAAUGGGAAUGACUUUGGGCUUUGCUUGCAGCAGAGGAUGAAGAAAAAUGGGGUUUUGUUUGUUGACUGGAAAUGAUUAUUUUAGCUUUUGAAGGAUUAAAGGCAGCGCCAAGAUUUGAACGCAUGGGGGUGUGUUAGUGGUUGGCUGUGCUGUAAAUGAGGACCCUCUUUUCCGGAAUUGCUGAGAGCCCCCCCAUGGGCUGAAUGCAUGCGCGUUAGGUAUACUCAGGUCCCACCUCCCACCAUGCCUUUCUUGAUUUUAUGCUUCUCUCUCUCUCUCUCUCUCUCUCUCUCUCUCUCUCUUAUAGGUAUUGGUCUGGCUCUGAAGCGUGAAGAAAGUUUCUGGUGCAAUGGGAGCCCACGGGUAUUCAUCAUCCUUCUGAUCAAUUCAUGAUGCAGUAAAAGGCAUAGUUUGUUUUAAAGCCAUUGUAAUUACUACUGUAAUGGGUUUCUUUUUCACUUGCCUGUUUAAUUAAUAAGUGUGGUGUUUGUGACAUUGCGUGUGCUAGCUAAACUGCUCAAGCUACUGUUGUAUAAUUGCAUGUAAUGUAUUAUUCCCCGUCUGGCCGUCUCUUUUCUCGGCUUGCUUUUGUU